UAAUACCGAAUAACAAUUGAAAUUGAAUCUCAAUCCCAAUCCCAAGAAAUAAUACGCGUAUUCGAAAAUACAAAAUAUAGACAAAUUCGGUACGGUAUUCGGUAUUAUCCCAAAUACCAGUACCAAACUUCCAGCCCUACUUAUGAGCGCGACCUUUUAAUAGCAAAAUGGUCGGUCUUUGAGAUAUUUGGGUCGACCUUUUAUAUUGUCGUUUCCCAAAGAGGUCGACCAUUUGCUGUAAAAGGUCAACCGCGUCAUUGAGCCUCACAAAACUGAAACAGCAUAUUAGGUAGACCUAAUCCUAUCUGAGGUCGACCUAAAAGUGCAAGUUACGGUGACUUGCAAGUCACCGUAGCAAAGUUCAAUAUUUUAUAAUGUGGGAAAGACUUCGCCAUAUGGACUGCUCGAUUCUGGAGGGCUUCACCCUUUGCGGGAUGCUUUGCAGUUCGAGGGAUGAAUGAUUGCUUUGGUUGGGUUAAAGAAGUAAUGUCUUUGGUGACGGAUGAAGAAUUGGAAGAAUGAUGCACUUUAAUGUAGGCACUAUGGAAAGAACGUAACGCCCAAUUGUUCAAUGGAAAGAAGUCCCCGGAUAAUGAAAUAGUGCUACGAGCACACCUCUUACUAUAAGAAUAUAAGCAGCACCAAUCAAGGUUCGAUGUGCCCGCCACUGGCAUGAAUGUUCUGCGCGAGAAGAGAUGGGUUUGCCUGCUAUGGGCUGUACCUCUAUGGCGACGGAUGUUGGCAUCCUGCCCAAUGGUGGGGCAGGCCUUGGAGUUGUUAUUCGAGAUGCCGAAGGGUGCUUCCUACUCGCGGCUGCGAAAUGAGUACAAGGGAACUUGAGCAUGGACAUGGCGGAGGCUCUUGCUGCGGAACUUGGGGCACAACUUGCCUGGCAAAUGCUUUACCCAAAGCCGAUCCUUGAAUCACACUGCCAGACAGCAGUGCACAGUCUCCAAGCGACAGAUUUCAUCUACACGGAAACUGGAAUAGUAUGUCGAAAUGUGCGAAGACUUUUGGAUUAGAUGGAAGGGAGUAGUUGGAGAUUCAUAUAUAGGGAAGCAAAUGAGGUUGCGCAUGUUAUGGUGCAUGCAGAGACAAACUGGAAUGAGCGUGUUGUUUGGGUAGAUAGGCACCCCUAUCUAUUUGGUUGAUCAAUUGUUACUUGACAAUGUAAGUGAGUCCGUUGAUUAAUAAAGCUCGAGCAAAUUUUCAUAUAAAAAAAUGUCAAUAAUUUAAACAUUGAUACUUAAAUCCAACAAAUAACGUUAAUAUUGAACUUUUGAAUUCAUAAAAUAAAUAAUAAAUUAUUUUUAUUAAUUAAAUUUACUAAAAUUCACUAUUUUACCUAGAUGUUAUAAAUUGAUCAUUCCAAUCUUACCAGUGGUGUUCCUCCGAUUUCAUGACCAAAAACGAUUGAACUAGUUUCAACCAACUGACAUUCUACCAUCCUUACAACUAUGGGCUUGCUAAAAAAAUAGUAUUUACCCUAUACUUUUUCAUAAAGGAGAAGGCAUACAAUUCUGGCGGGUGAAUUGCAAGUUUGCUCGCUCAUAUUACCUAUUUGUAACACGUUAGCCACUCAAAUCACUUUGUCAGCGCUACUACAAAUUUAUGUUAUCCUUGUCACUUGCCAUCUAGAUCCGUUAUACUCCAUCAACGGCGUUACACUUUUGCAGCUGAUGUGGCAAACGGGGGUGCCAAGCUGGGAGAAAGAAUGUUAUUUUUGACACCGACAAAUUGCUGACAUGGCUUGGGCGAGAAUAAAAAGUGGUUUCCCUCCCUUUCUUCCCAUCUAUAUUAGGGCUUUUCCCCCUAGUUAAUUCUUGUUCACAGAUCCUUCUUCUUCGAGCUUAAAAAUGGCCGAUCCCUGCUGUCAUUGUGGAGAUUCAGCAGAUCUGAGGACGAGCUGGACAGAUGCAAAUCUAGGGAGGAGGCAAAGUUUGGAGUAAAACCCAACUUCUCUCCUCGCCUUCUUCCUCUACUCUUCUCCUGCUUCUUCUUCCCUCCGUUGCUAGGUUAAAGCGCUAGCUUCUCAACUUUCUUCUUCCUUGUUUUGUUUUCAUAUGUACAAAGAACGGGAGCUUGCAUAUACUUUAGAUGGCUUGACCUAGCUCUUGAUGGCAACGUGAAAUAUUUGGUGAUCCACCUCCAUCGUCGCCUUCGCAAGCUAAAAAAGAGACAAUAGGGGAGGGUGUAGAUUUUUAGUAGAAAAGAAGUGUUCCUUCUUAUUUUUUUCCUGCAUCUUUGUUCUUUUUCAUUUGGAAAGGGGAUUAAGAAUGAGUUUGAUGGGAAUGCAACUAUGCUCUUAAUAAGCAAUGUGUAUUAAGAAUGGGUGGGUUUUAUGGGGGAAUGCAAUGUGUAAUCAGAGUUGAUGUAAUCGGAUUUUAAAUGGAUUGUGCUUGUGUUUAACCUUAAUCAAAUUUGGUCUCUGAAAAUGCAAGGUGUAAUGAAAAGAUGUCUGUCAUGGGACAAAAGAUCAUUAUCAUUCUUAAUAAGCCUGCCAUGCCAUUAGAUAACCAUCUGGAAAGAUCACAAAAAUGAGCAAAUCAUUAUCUAAUUACAAGAUCAAUCAAAGGUUUCAUCAAUUCACCAAAGAGGCACCUGAUGACCAAAAUAAGGCUAAUAUAACUACAACUACUUGCUCACGAAAAGAGUAGAUCGUCAUACGAUUUACUUAUAACUACCACAAUGACCUACAACCACUCUUACAUUAACAACUUCUAAUCUUCAUGGAUUCUGCAGCCGGGUCAAUUGGGUUGCUACCUGCGAGUCUUGAGUGGCUUGACUCCCUUGCUGGGACACCUCACUUGAUGGCCUCCUUGUACUUCCCAACCAAAUGAGUGAGAUUAGGAGUUUUGUCUAUGUUAAUUAACUAUGAAAACAAUCAAUUAAAGACAUACAUUUGGC